AUGACUACUGCUACAGUCCGAGAUUUGGAUCAUGCGUUGAAAUUGUCAGAUGGCCAGCCACAAGAAACAGGGCGUCUGUGUGACCCUCCAAUGGGCCUAUCUUCCUCCCAGGUUUUCGAAGCCGAGAAGACCAUCUCGCCCACUGAUACUUCGCCGCGGGAAGAUGUCGAUCUUGUAGAUCGGCAUAACAUUGUGGACACUGAUCUUUCUACAUUCUUUAGUGGAACAAUGGUCCUCUUCAGUCUGUACACCGGAGUCCCGAUGCCCAAGCCAACCAAAGCAUCGACCAAGUGCCCGUUGGUGUUAAUAGAAGCGAAGAUACAAGGGGCAAUGCAUGAAUUUAACAUACAGUCGUUUCACCAGACCCUGGGAAUUCGACCAUUCGUCAGUGAUUUGAACAACAGCCAAAUUCAACAGCUGGAUAACGAAAUUCUCACCAAAAUUGUGCAGCUGGCAAUGCAGGCAAUGCUCCAUAGAACACGGAUUGGAGGCUACUCUCAUGUACUGUGCCCAACCCGGAUUGUCGAGGCAAUUCUUGUCUGGCGCACGCACCCGACAAGCCAUAAUCGCAACCAGAUCGAAGGCCCCUUCCGACCCACGACUCUGCAACACCGCUUCCCCGAACAUCAUCCGGCAAUCGACCUGCUCUAUUGGGAUGAACUGCGCGACCAGCUCAUCCUCUGCGAGGAACGACUGGAGAUCAGAGCUGUCGUAUACCGGUGGCUUCUGUCAUCUGUAAUCGAGUUUCCCGACUACAGUGCUGCUGUUUCGGCUCUUAAACUGUUUGUAUUUCUGGCUAACCCGGCUUCAUUGCCUUUGGAGACAGUCGCAGACCCAGAAAUGAUUUCAAUUCCGUUGGUUGACAUCACCGAGAGGGAAAUUGGAGAAUAUAUUCAGGGUCUCAUGGCGUCCUAUCGUUUAAAUUGUUUUAACGAGCGCAGAUUACCAGCCUCAAUGGCCGGCGAAUACCCCUUCUUGGAUCUAUCAAACAUUAUCACGCACUACCCAAUUAUAAGUAUAACCCAGCUCCCACUGCUCUCGGAGAAUCUAGUACCAUAG